CAACCCGAGUCCGAGUUAAGAGCACCAAUUACUUUCUCCGUUUUUCGAAUAAGAAAAAGAGAAGAAGCCUUCACGCACAGAAUCUGGUCCUGCGCCUCAUCGCCGUCUUCUAUUUGCAAAGUCUUUCUGGUUUGCCUUUGGCUCUGCAAAACCGGUGAAGCAAUUAUGGGUCUUUCCAAGGAACAGUUGCUUGCUCGUUUAAAGGAGCUUCAAAUUGGUUUUUCCCAGUAUGAACAUCCUGUUGUUUUGACAGUUGAGGCCCAGGCGAAAUAUGUUGGACAUCUGGGAGGUGGACUGAGUAAAAAUUUAUUCUUGAAGGACAAGAAGAACAGGUUCUAUAUUGUUUCCGCUUUGGCAGAUACCAAAGUAGAUCUGAAAGUUCUAUCUAUAAGGCUUGGUUUGGGAAAAGGUGGUUUGAGAAUGGCUCCUGAAGAAGCACUCGGAGAAUUACUUCAGGUCCCACUGGGUUGUGUUACUCCGUUUUCGCUGGUGAAUGAAUCUGCACGGCAUGUCUCUCUGUUGUUGGAUCAAAAAUUUAAAAGUCAGGAACAUUGCUUCUUCCACCCAUUGUCGAAUGACACAUCAAUCUCACUUAGCACCCAUGAUCUCGAUAAGUUCCUUAAAUCAAUUGGGAGAGACCCCUCAUAUGUUGACUUGGAGGCUAACCCUUCAGUUGGGAAAGAUCAACCGCCAGAUCUUGCUUCUCUUGUUCCAUCUGGUUCCACAGUGUUGCCUGAUCCUCCAGAAGCAGCAGCUUCCUCAAAAGAUUCCAUCGAAAAUCCAGUUUCGGUCAGUAACAAGUCAACGACAAGUACAGCAAAUGCUACUAAGCCAUCCACUAAUGCAAAAAAUACUAAGGACAAACCAGUCAAUGGUGUUCAUGUAUCAAAGUCCGUAACAGAUGUUGGAAAGUUGGUUGAGGAUUUACUGGAUAAAACAUCUGCAUUACUGCUUUCAGAGACCACUGAGGAGACUAUUAAGAAACAUGGAGCACAGCUGGGAGCUGCGAUAUCAAAUAGUAUCAGAAGCCAUCUUCGUGCAGAGUUGGAGAGCACCAUUAUGACGUUCAAAAACUCAGCAUAUACUGAAGGGUUUCAUGCUGGUGUGCACCAUCAUGCAAAGCGUACAUAUUGAUGAUUGUUUUAGAGUUCAGCGUCAAACUGUUCCAAUGUUCCUUCCAGAUUUCAAUCAAUUUUAUGAUCUGAUAUACUAAAUAUUCUGUACAACAUUCGAUGGAAUAGGUAUAACCAUCUUAACUGUCUGGGAUGCUUCAUUUUCAAAAUUAUUUAUGUUUUUUUCAAUUACAAAUCAGCGUAUUUGGAGGAUUA